GUCUGUGGAGGGUCAGAGAGCUCUCCAAAAAUAUUUUAAUCUGUGUUAUGAAGGUUGUUGUGGAUGAAUCUUAUGGAUAGAGGCAAAAAGGAGACCAGAAGUGCGAGGUGAGAUGUGCAGAAAACAUCAAAACAUCCAUGGGUCAGAAAAAUAGCACCCCGUUAGACUUUGCUUGAACUGUAAUAUGCACUUGGAACUUGACAAAGAGUCCAAAGACAUGAAAGGUCAUUUAUAUUCAUUUGACAGAAAUUUACUGUUUACACAAAAGCAGUAGUGCUACUGUAAAUAAAGCCAGAUUUCUCGAAUGUGCUGCAGAUAUUUUAAUAAGCCUAAAUUAUCAUACAGUAUGCACAUUUUUCAGAAUAUAUAACAUAACAUGUACAGAGUUUUACACUAGACAUAAUUAACAUAACCCAACACAUAUUACACACAACCCUUCCCAGCCUCAUAAUAAAUGAAUGUUUUAUGUGCAUGUGUGAGAAAAGAGGAAACAUGCCCCAUAUUCUGUGAAUGGUCGUGGAGAAGCUCUGUGACCAAGAUGAACGAAGGUCUUACAGGUUUCAACGACAUGAAGGUCAUUAAUGGCAUCAUUUUUAAUUUUUAAGACAUGCGGAGUGGGUGGAUUAUUGUAGGGUGGUUGUGUUCACACAUUGACAACGCAGAUUUAUGUCUAAACACCAUGAAAAAAGUGAAUUUUGCAUAAUAGGUGCACUUUAAAUAAAAGAAGAAAAAUCAUUAAUGGAUGAUGCUUGCCUGUUUAUCAAGUAGUACAAAUGUGUAUGUUAAUAUGCAAUAAAACUGUGUGUGUGUGUGUGUGUGUGUGUGUGUGUGUGUGUGUGUGUGUGUGUGUGUGUGUGUGUGUGUGUGUGUGUGUGUUUAUAUAUAUAUGCUUUACAUAUUUGUUUGUAUUUUCAGCAGUAUCAGCAGGAAGAAGAGAUCAGAAUCUGCAGGACCCAGCUCUGUGUCUAAUAAUAGUAUAAAGUCUAUACAUAGACCUCCUUCAUUCAGUGAUGAAACAUAUAAAGAGAUAGAUAAUCCAACUGCAAUCCACGAUAAAACCCACAACAGGCAGAAAAGACCUGAAGAAGUCCUGCAGAGAGUCAAAGACCAACACAAAAUCAGCAUGAAGAACAAGUAUGAACACUUAUUUGAGGGAAACAAACUACAAGGAAAUGAAACCCUCUUGAACCGGAUCUUCACAGACCUCUACAUCAUAGAAGGAGAGAGAGAAGGGAUGAAUGAAGAACAUGAGGUUUUACAGAUGGAGAAAACACCCAGAAAACAACACUCACAACACAAUCCAAUCAACUGUAAUGACAUCUUUAAAUCAUUACCUGACUCAAGAUGUGAAGAGAAAGACAAAAUCAAGACUGUUCUUACUAAAGGAAUUGCUGGAAUUGGAAAAACCGUCUCUGUUCAGAAGUUCAUUCUAGACUGGGCCGAGGGAAAAGCCAAUCAGGAUGUAGAUUUCAUGUUUGUGUUUUCAUUUCGAGAGCUGAACUUGAUUAAAGAUCAUCAGUACAGUCUUCACAGACUUCUGCUGGACUUUCAUCCUGAGCUUCUAGACCUGGGCUCAAAGAUUUAUGAAGAAUGUAAAGUGGUGUUCAUCCUAGAUGGUCUGGAUGAAAGCAGAAUGACACUGAUGUUUUCAGAUGAUGAGAAGGUUUGUGAUGUGAAUGAAUUUUCCUCAGUGGGUGUGUUGAUGUUGAACCUCAUAAAAGGAGAUCUACUUCCCUGUGCUCUCAUCUGGAUCACCUCCAGACCAGCAGCAGCCAGUCAGAUCCCAUUCAAAAAUAUUGUCGUGUAACA